AUGGCGUCGGCUGGGCACAACAACGCCACGGCGGCGCUACUGCUCCUGCUGCUGCCGCUGCUGCUGUCGUCCACGGUGUCGGAGGCGCGCCACAAGAUUGAUUGGAAUUGGCACGGCCCGAUAAUCUACGCGUCGCCGCCGCCUCCACAUUCCGGGCACCACGGGGGACUGGACUCGCCCUACAUAACCGAGCAGGCCCCGGCGGCGUCGCCUGAAGAUCCUGCCGGCGACUCGUCGUGGGCGCCUAGGAAGCCAUAG